UAGCUCGCAAACGUGCCACAUCACGAACCCUACGUACCGCGCUUCGAAAUUGAACAGUAAAUGAGUGUUUGCAGCGCCUUUUACUCGGAUUGAUUUUGUGAUUUAAGAAAAGGCCAUGGUGCAGAGAACGCUUUUAGUGAAGUGAAACAAAACAGAGAGAGAGAUUGUGUGUGUGGAAUUGAAAACGAAAUUGUGUGUGGAAUUUUCGUUUGCUACUUGGAUUAUAAGCAAGCAAUCAAGUGUGAUCACGCCAACUAAAUUGUGCACAAGUAAAAGAGAUUCUGUGAUUUGAAGACGAACAACAACGUGUCGAGCGAUCAGCUCGCUGAAGUGUGAAGAAGAGUUUUGCAGUAGUUACAGUUGUGCCAGUGUGACCCCCCGGUUUAGCGAAUGCUUUUUGAUGGUCGUUGAAAGUAUGGUUAAAAUCGAGCCCACCAUGAUGAACGGUCAGACGAUGUUCGGCGUGGCGCGGGCACCGCUCAAGUCCAACUUCUCCAUUAACUCGAUCCUGCCCGAAACGAUGAAAUCCUCCCCGUCGCCCACACCGUCCCCGACGCUGCACUCCUGCCCAUCGCCCAUCGGUUCGGAGGAGCAGGAUCACGAUCUCACCGACACGGAAAGCGAUCUGGACGUGACGGGCACGCCGCCCCCGAUGGAUUGCAGCAGCAAGGACAAAUCGGACGAGACGGAGGGCGAUGGCGCGAGCGGUAGCGGCAGUCCCUCAUCCAGCCCGGCCAAGGAUGGCGAGAAGAAGGGCAACGAAAAGCCACCGUACAGCUACAACGCCCUGAUCAUGAUGGCCAUCCGGCAGAGCGCCGAAAAGCGGCUCACGCUGAACGGCAUCUACGAGUACAUCAUGCGCAACUUCCCGUACUAUCGCGACAACAAGCAGGGCUGGCAGAACUCGAUCCGCCACAACCUCAGCCUGAACAAGUGCUUCGUGAAGGUGCCGCGCCACUACGACGACCCCGGCAAGGGCAACUACUGGAUGCUGGACCCGUCGGCGGAGGAUGUGUUCAUUGGAGGAUCGACCGGCAAGUUGCGCCGCCGUUCGACGGCCGCUUCGCGUAGUCGGUUGGCCGCGUUCAAGCGAUCGCUCGUUGGUCCAAUGUUCCCCGCGCUCGGCUACCCCCAGUUCGGCCAGUUCCUGUAUCCUUCCCAUGCGGCCCAAGCCCAGACGGCACUGCUUGCCGCCCAGAUGUACCGAUACUCGCCGUACGCACCGAGCAUGGCGCCGAAACCGCCAACGAUCCCGCUGCCCCUGCCGCUCGGUGCCGUCGGGACCGGGUUCGGCAUGGAUCGGCUGCUGGGGGCUACGGCGGCAGCCGCCGCCCAGAUGCACCCCCAGUCCCCGAUGGCCAACAGCCAACAGCAGGCGCAGCAGGCCGAGAUCUACCAAAGACUCCAGUACCAUCAGCAUCUGCUGCAGCAGCACGCGGCCGCGCAGCAGGCGGCGGCAGCGGCCCAAGCCCACCAUCAAGCAGCCGCCGCCGCCCACCAUCAGCUUCAGCAGCAGCACCAGCAGCAGCAGCUAAGUCCCACCGCCAGCGAAGGAACGCAUCCCGGUUCACCGCACCAUCCGCAUCAGCACCCGCAGCACUCACCCCUUGGCUCGCUGCCAUCGCAGGGCUCGCCGACCGGGCACGGGUCACCGACGGGCCCCGGGCCGAUGAUUUUCAAACCGAUCACGCUCGUGUCGCGCCAAAGCUAGGACGCGCCAAGUGCAACACACAAACACACACACACAAAAAAGGGUGGCAAACGCCUGACCAGUGAUAGUAGCAAUUCGUUAGAUUUUGUUUUUCGUUAAGCAAGGUAAGAUAGUGAUCGGCGAGCGUAAUUGUUUCUGUUAAGAAAGCUUAAUGUGGCCCCUUUAGAGAUGGCAAACCCUGCCCCCGCUCUUAAAUGCUGUGACUUAAUGCGCUGAAGCUGUGGUGGUACAGAUCGAUUCGACGAUGUAUACCGGAUACCGUUGGGGUGGGGAAAAGGAAACCAGUUGUUUUUCAUGUUUUAGUUAAUUUUAGUUUAGUUUGCAAGCAAUUAGGGACACACACAUUUACCAAAAGUGUUAGGGGCGGUUCAAACAGAAACGAAACAAACCUUGAAAGUAUUAGAGCAAAUCUGUAAGCUUCGGUUCAGAAGCAGAAGAAAGAUUUUGUCUUGCCUGUACAGAUCGUUACACUUAAGAACUGUUUGUUUGUAAGCGACAAAUUGUACAUAGAUAGCGCAGUUAGGGAGAUAAAUUAUAAAAGAAAAUCGCAGUCGAAGUGGAGGUUGGAGAUGAAAACAGAAAAUAUAGUAAAAGUGCAACCGGUCCUCCGGUUGCAUUCUUGAUCCGUCAGCCCUGUUUGCGUCAUCACGCAG